GACAUAAAAAUUGAUAUUAAUGACGUUACAAGACACGUACAAGUUACCGAGAUUUCUCUGGCGGUGUUAUCGAAAUAAAGGGAUGUAACAACAACACGCUUUCUAAAGAUGUUAUCCUGUGAAGAACUAGCAAUAAUGAGAAAUUUACCCGCUCUUGUGUCAGAUUUGGAUAGUAUGGAUAUUAUUGAUCACCUUACUGCUACUACUCCUCCAUUAAUCACUCCUACUGAUUAUGAAUCAAUUAUAUCGACUUCCCAAAGAGAAGGCAGAAGAGCAGGAGUAAGAUGUUUAAUUGCUUGUUUACUACGUCGAUCGGAAAUCCAAAAAGUAUUCAGAUCUUUUCUGAAUAUAUUAAAAGAAGAUUACGGCCACUUGUUUGAUUUGUUAGACAAAACAUACGAGAGCUUAAAAAAUAAAAAUAACGAUGAAUCUGAUUUUGGUGCACUAAGCAAAAUUUCCUUUUGUUCUAGUAUCGUUUUGGAGACAGAAAAUCCACUAACCGUAACUACCCCUUGUCAAUCGGUCUCCAAAGACGUUGAUCAUUCGAAGAUGUUUUUAAAAGGGCUUGGAGUUUCUGAAAAUGAUAUCAUAUUCAACAUUAUUUCAACUAUAUGCUCACAUCCAAUUGCUGUUAUGAAUUGGGAAAAUCUUUUAAAUGAAUUGAUAGGAUGUAGUACUAUUAAUCCUAUUGGUAUUUUUAUGAACAGUAAUAAUUCACACUUAAAAAACAGUGAUUCAAGCAUGAAAGAUUUUGAAGAUUUUCUAUGGUGUGCAUCGAAUUGUCGUCGUGGCCUCUUUCACUUUUUCUCAAUCAAUAUAAUUCGAAAUUUAGAAAAUCGUGGUUCUCCUCUCAAACGAUCAUAUCCAGCGAAUUUUGAUACUGUUAAGUUUAAUGCUCAAUUAAUUCGUAAAUUAGUCACAGAAAAAUUAAUUCCAACUUUACAACAUUUUAAUCUCUGGAAUUUAGCCAAUCGCAUUCAAACACAGAUUGAAUACAAUGAUGCAAAUAAUUGUGACUCUGUGAAAAACUCUAUUUUGGAUAGAUGUAGCCUUCUGUAUAUGAAUAGUUUUCCUUUAAAAUUACUCGAUUCUACCUGUCAUAAUAAUAUUAACAACGAUAGUAAUUUACUGUUUGAUCUAAAUCAACCUAUUUCAUCAUAUGACCUAUUGAAAUCUUGUCCUCAAUUUAAUUAUGCAAAAUCUUUACUUUUCUCAUGUAUUGAACCAAUAUUUCAUCAUUCUCUUAUACUUUUGGAUUGGCCAUUUCUACUUCAUGAAUUAAAUGUUUGUUCUAAUUGUAUUUUAUAUUUACUCAGUUGUCAUUCUUCUUCACAAUGUUUAUUAUCUACCAAAAAUAGUAGUAGUAGUAAUAGUAGUAUUUUAUUAACUGAAUCAAACAAUCGUAAUUCUUUUUGUCAAAAUAUUCAAGAUGAGAAAAUUAAAAAUGUUGCGUUGGUUAUUCUUUUCUGUACAAUACUUCAAAAUACAUUGUAUCAAAAAAUGAUUAUAGAUCAAGAUAGUCAAAAUCUAAGUCAACCUGUACAGUCUCUGAGUGAAAGUGUUCAAAAGUCAUGUGUAGCAUCUAUAAUUCAUACGAAAUUAUUACCAGCUCUACAAUGUCUUGAUUUGAAUGCAUUACAUAGUGAAAUAGAACAAUUGGCUUUUCAAAUGCUUCAUUAAGAUUUUUCUUGUAAAUUCUAUCUAUGUAUAACAUUGUGUAAGUUAAAGUGUUCUUGAAUUCUGACCUAUAUCUGUCAUCCCUCUUGAAGAAGCAUAGGUCGCCCAACAGGAUUCUCCACUGAACUCUGUCCUGGGCAAACCUUUCCAAUUGUUUCUGAUCGCUAUUCAUUCUCUUGAUGUCUGCUUCCAAUCGCGACCCUUGAUUUUCCUUUUUCCCUUCAGGAUUCCAAGUUAGUGCUUGCCUUGUGGUUCCGUCUGAUGAUUUCUACAAUGUAUAUCCUAUCCACUUUCAUCACAUUUUCUUAAUUUCCUCUUCAGCUUGUGAAUCCUGAUUACUUUAAGAAAAAUCAUCUCAGUCUCUUUUUCUAUUUAUCUUUUUUAUGAUACCAAACAAGAUUAUGUUUUUUUGCACAAAACCCUAAGCAUUAAAGGUCAUUUAUAAGUAGUUAUCCUUGUUUAUACACCUCCUAUUGUUUUAGAGUUGAUCAUUAUUGUUAAGUUUUGCUUUUUUACUGGAUUUAGCUCUCAGUGACUGAACUAUUUUUAUUUUUGUGACCGUAAAAUAAAAAAUGUUCUGAAUACUGCUUUUUGAAUUUCACUCCCAUAAAUUAUCAUUUUCAGUUGAACAGUAAUAACACGUCGUGUAUGUAUAUGUAUAUUUUAAAGCCAAAAGUAGAUCCCAAGAACAACUGAGGUCACACUUAGGCAGUUCUGAAAACGAGGCUGCCCAGAUGUUGCUUGGAAAGAUAAACGAACAACUGUGGAAACAACAGCGACAUCUAUUGGUGACUUAAACCAAAGGGUUACGAAAAACCAGUGAAUUUCUUCUAAGUCUAUUGCACUGGUGGAUUCUCGUAAACUCAUCAGACUCCGAACACAAUGAAGAACGAAAACAAAUCAGAUCUAGGUUAACCAAAAGUCUAAGAAACGACCGUGAGCAGUGGUGGAUAUUGAAAGCAAAAGAGAUGGAAAAGGUGGUAACUGUAGGUAGCACAAGACAGCUCUUCAGAUUAAUAUACGAAAUUGGAAAUUAUAAGACAAGUGUGAGAUUCUCGGAAAAAGACGAAACUCGUAUCCUCUCUCAGCUCAGAUGUUUUGAGCGGUAGGCAGAACACUCUAAUGAGCAGUUCAGCUACUCUACAACUACCCACCAUUCCCAAUCAGCCUGAAUGGAACAUUGAAGUAGGUCCCCCGACUCUAAUUGAUGUUCAAAAAUCUGAAACGAGGAAGAGCAUCUGGUCUAGAUGAAUUAACCCCAGGGGAUUUUAAGGAUGGUGGUCCAGAUUUAGCGAUUAGGUUGACUAAUAUUUUAACUUAAAUCUGGGAGUUGGAUGUAACCUCAUCUGACUGGCUGCAAUCACUGAUUGUCCCAAUAUAUAAGAAAGGGUCAAAGUCAUCCUGUGAUAACCAUAGAGGGGUUAGUUUGACUAACAUAACGUCUGUAAUACUAGCCUCAAUAAUUAUCGGGCGCCCAACAAAGACUCGUGAACUGCAAACACGGUGAAAUCAGGUUGGCUUUAGACCUGGUCAUGGUCAUGCACCAUUCGUCAGGUACUAGAACACAGACACGCUUAUCGGUGUGCGACAAUUAUAGUUUUUCUUGACGUGAAAGCAGCAUUUGACUCUGUAGAACGAGAGGUUCUGUGGCGGUGUCUGUCAUUGAAAGGUGUACCUCAGAAGUACAUAAACCUUGUGAAGGCUCUUUACUCGAACACUACUAGUCUAGUUAAGGCUUGUGGCGAACUGUCAUCUGCUUUUGCAACCUCAAGUGGUGUCCGUCAAGACUGUCCACCUUCUCCACUUUUGUUCAGCUUCAUCAUAAACAUACUGAUAGAAGUAACGUUCUCGUCGACCAAAUUUCCGGGCAUCGAUCUCCUACCAGGAGGUUCACUUAUCGACUUGGAAUACGCUGAUGAUAUAGUCCUGUUUGGCGAAGACGCUGAUAAAAUGCAAUCUUUUGAUAGCACUGAGCAACAAUGUCAAGAUGUUUGGGAUGAGUAUCCCCCCUUCUAAAUGCAAAUUGUCACUCCAGGACUGGCCUUCGUCAACACCUGAACUAAAGAUGGGGAGUGAAGUAGUCGAACGCGUUGACAACUUCACUUAUCUUGGAAGUCUUAUCAGCCCUAAUGGGUUGGUGUCUGACGAAAUCUGUGCACGGAUCCGAAAAGCUCGUUUGGCUUUUGCCAACUUACGUCACCUAUGGUGAAAGCGAGUUAUCCGUCUAUCAAUUAAGGGACGGGACGUUCUGUUCUAGUUUACGGCUGAAAAACGCGACCGUUAAGAGUAGAGGAUACUCGUAAGCUACUAGUAUUUGACCACAGAUGCCUUAGAAAUAUUGCUCGCAUCUGCUAGGAUCACCAGGUAAGCAACAGUGAGGUUAAACACAGGGUAUUAGGGAAUGAUGGUAAAUCAGUUGAUGAGGCUGUGAAUCUUCAUAAACUGAGAUGGUUGGAACACGUGUUGCGUAUGCCUAAACACUGGUUACCACGACGCGCAAUGCAGACUAGUGUUAGAGGCGGUUGGAAGAAAAUUGGGGGCGGCCAAACCAAAAUGUAGCAUUAGUACAUAAAGUCACUAACUUCUGGUAGAUGCAGACUACUUGGUUGGGAUCCGCGCGACUAUCGUAACCAAAGGUUGGAGACUCUUGUUGAUAUGGCUCAGAAUCGACCACGAUGGCGUCGGUGUAUACACUGUCUGUCUUCCUUUAAACUAUGAGAGUAAAAUCGCUUCAUAUCCUUCUUUCUAAGAACUAAUUCUUUCUUCCUGUACUAUGUCCAUAUAUGCAAUCUUUCUUUUAUAUAUUACCACCACUGAAUUAACUACUUCUGUGAAUCCGGUGUUCAUCUUGUUGUGUUAAUGAGGUAUGGCAACUUGGACCGAUGCAUACAUGUGCCUGGUUCUACGUUGUAGCUGACUGGUGUAUAUCUGAAAAAAGGGGUUACAAAAUUGUCUUUUUUUUAGACGAACGUGAUCUUUCUGUUUCCCUGCAACUCUUUUUAUCUGUAUUGAUCCUAUAUACACAUCCACUUUGAAUAAAUCUGUUAGAUAAUAUCUAAGAAAGUGUACUGCUAGAUCUAUGUAUAAACUAUUAGUUAACUCAAUGAAAUGAGUUACAUAUUAAGAUCAGAAAAAUGAUUUUUGAAAUUAAG